AUGUCUCAAAGGAUGAAGACCAAUCUGAUCAAGUACACUGUUGCCGCACUCACCAUUGACACCAGAUCCAAAUCUAUGAUUGGCUUGGCAGGAAGCUUCAAAAUGUGUCACCCUGCCUUGAUUUCAAAUGCAGACGUUGUCCCAUCCAUGUCUACAUCACCACCACCAUCUGUUCUGUCAGCUGAGCAGGUUGUAGCUAAACACAUGUUUUUUUGGAAGGGCCAAACCAUGGGGUAUUGCCGCUUUGCAAGGGAGGAUGAGCUGGAAAAGACACUUGAUGAGGUGAAUUGCCUUUACUGGGGCACAUCAUUGCUCGGUAUGGCGUACACCUUCAUUGAUGAGAUGCUCAAGACUGGCAAUUUACCACGUCUAAGGCUGGUUCGUGCGGCACUAGCCAUUCCCGACGACCCCAACAACGACCUCGGCGCAAACUAUCUCAUCAAGGAGCAGAUUAGUGGAAAAUUCGUCAAGUACAUCAACAACAACUCUGCUGUCCCUGCCCAUAAUCUAGAGGGCAGAGAAGCAGUCAUCGGACUGUUUUUAUGCUUUGUUCAACACGUGCAGUAUCACCUUAUUAACAACAUGGUAUAUCUAUCUGAUUUCCAAGGCGAAGCUUUCAUGAACAAUUUUGGUGGAGGAAACUGCACAUCUGCUUUCAACAGUUUCAGGACCACACAUAUAUGUAAUAAGUUCUGUCACAUCUUCGGCUUGCAACCUUUCAUUACGUAG